ACAAGGCAUUCAACACAAUGACGAGUCGGGAGUGAGAAUGUGUUGAGGCAUUUGGAUCAGACUUUGAACUGAUCAGAUCUUGGAAGCCAUCCUAACUCAAAAGACUCUGGAUACCAAAACGGACACCGUUUGAUGCAGACGAUGGCGUGUUUUAUUGUCGCGCUCAGUCAAAUCCUACUAUUUGGAUUCAUCGGCUUCACAGCAGCAAAAAGCAAAACUUGUGACAUAUACGCUUCUGUCGGAGAGAGUGUGACUCUGCCUUUUAAUUAUGAAGGACUGACAAAGUCCAAUAUUUUGAGAUGGACUCAUAACUCCACCAUUGUUUUCUUAAGAGAACAAAAUAGAGUGAAAAUUGGGAAAACAGAAGACAUCACUACAACUGGAUCUCUGCUCCUGAAGAGUGUAAAGCUACAAAGUUCAGGAACUUAUCAAGCAGACGCCCUACAUUCUAACAACACCCUGGCUAAAACCUGGACCGGUCAGCUCUGUGUGAUGGAAAAUGUACCAAAACCUCGACUCAGUUACAGCUGCGGCACCAACGUCGUUAAGCUUAGCUGUGAAGUCUCCAAGCCCGAGGGUCUGGUUUUCUCCUGGACGCAAGAUCAAAAGAUCUUACCAAGUGAAACAAGUCAAACUGUCAGCAUAUCAACGAGUGACAUAAAAGAAGACAUCAACUUUUCCUGCAGUGUGGCAAACAAAGUGAGCGCGGAGCGCAGCGAGACAGUUCGGCCAACUUGCACAGCCCCAAUGCUUUGCUUUAAGACCAAAACUGUUCUGGGAGUCCUGGCAGGAGGAGCAGGUCUGAUUUUUCUUUUGCUCGUCAUUAUUGUCGUCUUAUGCCCCUCACGCAGACGCGCCAAAUCUAGCACCCAGCUCAGUGACAGAGUGGUGUUCAAGAAGCUUUCUGUACACAAGCGAGAGGCGGCGUCCAUCACAGAGUAUGAGAACAUACACGAUGUGGAGAGUUAUCCAUCCCCAAGUCCACUGCCUUCAACAAGGGUCUGUUACCAGAAUAUCUCCAAGCUGGAUGCUGGGACUGACAGUAAGUCUCCACAGUUGUCCACAGCUGCCGAGGGACAAGGAGUGUCUCCGGUGCCAAAGCCGAGGACAAAGAAUGCCAAGACACAAAACAUCUGAGUUUAAAGGCCUCAGUCAGCGAGAUGUGAGGAAAGCUAAUAGUGUGAUUACGUUCAUUGAGAAAUAAUAAUGUAUUAUUAUUAUGAAAUAAUGAAGUGAAAAUCAAGCAGAAAUGUACGUAUUGUGUGAAAAGAAAGUGAUAAAAUGUUCUUGGAGAGACCGUGAGACUGUUUACAUUCCAUGAUUUGAGUUGUAUUAUGGUGUGAAGACUUUUUUUAAUUGAACUUGUUUAAUUUUCUGAACUUCCAGUUCAAUUUUUCCUCUAAAAGCUUACUUGUGGUGAAAAGAUGCCACCAUCAUGUUUCACUGUGGCAUUGCUGGUGUGUUUGACUUCCUGGAUUACAUAUUUUUACUCGUCACAGCAGCUGGAACACAGAGGAUCUUUGUGAGAAACUAAAACUGUGGCUGGAUUAGUCAGAGAACUCGUGGAUCAGUUUCAUGUAAAUAAAAAUAAGGAACAUUUGUAGGGGUUCUGCUAUGACUGUCAUUUUUCUGUAACUUAUUUCUUUUAACUCUCAUUUGUUGAAUAAAAG